AUGUUCAACGCCUAUGGCUCAGGUUCACGUAUCGACGUCACGCAUGACGAGCGUAUGUACAAUCAACGUGGAUGUUUCCCGCAGUCAGGCAGGCGCACAAGAUGUAUAGGAGGUGUCACCCUGAACUUGGAAAACCCGCUGCGGGGUAUUGCUCAUGAGCACCUUAUGACGGAGGUCGAAAUAUUCGCUCGAGAAAGGGGGUUGAUGCAUAUACUUGGCGAAUUGAAAAAAGGUGCUCUUCUCGCCCAGGACUCUCAAGCCUACAAGCGCUAUAGUAUCUAUUCGGACACAGAUAUCAAUUGUUUGGAGGACGAGGUGCACCACAGGUGGUCUCAAACUGGCGCGCUCUACUACGUGGUUGUUAUGUCCUCACUGGCUGCUGCAAUCCAGGGCAUGGAUGAAACUGUGGUCAAUGGCGCUCAACUACUGUACGCCAAACAAUUUGGUAUUUACUCUGCUAGUGCGCUCCCAAGUCGUGAAAGUUGGUUGGUUGGUGUCGUUAAUUCUGCACCGUAUCUAUGCUGCGCAACAUUUUCAUGCUGGUUGACCUAUCCAAUGAACCAAUGGCUUGGACGGAGGAAGACCAUAUUCAUCACUUGUUUGAUCUCAUUCGUUACCUGUGUCUGGUCUGCCUUGACUGGUAGCUGGUGGCAUCUCUUCAUCGCAAGAUUUUUCCUUGGUAUCGGCAUUGGUCCAAAGUCUGCAACAGUCCCAGUGUAUGCUGCAGAAUGUUCCCCGGCCGCAAUCCGUGGAGCACUUGUCAUGAUGUGGCAAAUGUGGACAGCGUUUGGCAUCUUUCUGGGCACUUUGGUUGAUCUUGCCUUCUACUAUAUUCCAAAUCGAGGUGGUAUCGAAGGUCUCAACUGGCGCUUGAUGCUCGCCGCUGCAGGUAUCCCUGGGCUGAUAGUCUGCCUACAAGCCCCAUUUGCACCAGAGUCUCCUCGUUGGCUGAUCAGUAAGGGUCGCUACGAGGACGCCUUCAACGAACUCUGUCGCCUUCGUUUUUCGCGCGUGCAGGCUGCGCGUGAUUUGUAUUAUAUCCAUGUCUUGUUGGAAGCAGAAAACGAGAUGAAAAAAGGCAGGAAUCGUGUGGUAGAAAUGUUCACGAUUCCACGGAACAGGAACGCGGCGUUGGCAAGUUGGAUAGUUAUGUUUGCUCAACAAUUCUGCGGGGUAAACGUGAUUGGCGCGUCUGAUUCCACCCUUUCAUACUAUUCAUCAAAUAUAUUCUCCCAGUCGGGCUUUUCAGACCCUGCCGCCCUGGCAGCGUCGCUCGGCUUUGGGGCCUUGAACUGGCUAUUCGCUCUCCCCGCUGUCUUCACGAUUGAUACCUUUGGACGCCGUAAUCUACUCCUGACCACUUUCCCGUGCAUGGCCAUCUGUUUAUUGGUAACCGGUUCCGCUUUCUGGAUUACUUCUAAGAAUGGACGGCUUGCGGGUGUCACCAUAGGAAUGUAUCUCUUUACUAUAUUCUAUUCUCCUGGAGAAGGCCCCGUUCCAUUCGUCUACUCCGCCGAGGCGUUCCCCUUGUAUAUUCGAGAUAUUGGCAUGUCCUUUGCAACGGCAACGACAUGGUUCUGGAAUUUCACGCUAUCCGUCACGUGGCCCUCGAUGUCAAAUGCGUUCAAACCUCAAGGUGCUUUUGGGUGGUAUGCGGCAUGGUGCAUGAUUCUUUGGGUCCUCAUCCUCCUGUUCGUACGGGAGACCAAGGGAAAAACUCUCGAGGAACUGGAUCAAGUCUUCUCGAUACCCGCCAAGACACAUGCUAUUUACGGGACCAAACAGAUCAUGUAUGGAAUCAAGAAGUACUUCUUGUUUCAGAGCCCACCCCCAGUAAAUCUUUACGAGAUGGCAGUGCAAAACGAGAAGUGUGCUGCCAGGUGUGAGGGUCCCCAGAAUCAUGUACAGUAG